UCAGCUAGGGUACUCAUUCCUAUUCUUCUCCGUGGGAAUCAGAUAAUUCAAGCGGCUGGAAGACUGAUUAAAUGAUAUUUGGCAAGGCCGCAAUGAUCAAAAGAAACUGAGUGGCGGAGGCAGUGACACAGGCAGCAGCGUGUGACCGAUGCUGACCCCCCUCAAGUGCCAAAAAUGGACCACUCAACUCUGGGCUACGAAGCGCAAAAUGACCACGCCGUAUGCAGCCCUACCGAAUUGGUGGUCAGCGGCGCAGCAAAUGACAGGGGUCGGCAAUAUUAAGUCAGCCUCGAAUCUUGUCUUCGCGAACUUGACGGCUUGCCUGGUCUCUUCCCUCUACGGAACGCUGCGUCUUGCGAGCCAGAGCCGUGGCAACUAGCUAGAGUGUACGUUGUUCGACUCGAUAUCCUCUUCGCGCGACUGAACUGGUAGCCUGUGGGACAAGGCGCCUGUUGGGCCGCUAUGCUUAUCCAAAAUGGAGGGAGCAGGACAUGAUCGACCAGACGAGGCUGCGGCCCCGUCUGGGCAGCCGGCACAUCAGGCAGAAGGUCACGGCGACGGCCCUGGCCUGGGGCGGCCAUCUUUAAGGCCAAGUUCUGAUGAUACGCAGCUUUUGAGGCCGAGUCCUGUCAGAGUUUCGGAGGGGGAAGUACCGGAAGGUGGUGAGAGUGACAAGUCUCAACGGGGCAGUCUGUCUCACUCGGAUCCGGAGUCCGGAUUUGUUCACAUUGACGGAGACGUAGGCGGCUCGGGAUACAAUGAGACCAAGGUCGAUAUUGUUGCAGUUCCUUGUCCUGGUGCCGAUCCGGUGCAGCCUUGGCUUGGAGAUGAUCCUUUUCCCGACGACUACUUUGGGACUCCGCUCAGAAACGAACUCCAGAGGCAUCCAACAAUCGCAGAGCUCGCCGGGGAUGCCAUCCUCUCUCCGGCCAUCAACCGACACCUCCCGAUGGCGUCACAGGUGUGGGUGAGGCAGGGCAUUCGGAAAUCGGUCAGCACUGCAAGGGUCCUGCUGUACAAGCACCGGGCACUGUCUGAAGGCGAUGAUCUAGCAUCGCUCGCCCAUGACCUCUUAGGCCACGUUCGGGACUUGCGUGAGAGAUUGCAUCCCUCGAGGCCACUGUUCUUCAUUGCCCACAGUAUUGGCGGCUUGGUUGUCAAGCAGGCUCUUGUCGAGGCCAGCAGGGAGCAGGAAUACCGACCAAUUCUGUACAACUGCCACGGCGUGACCUUCUUCGGCACGCCGCACCGGGGGUCGAGUUACAUGUCCAUGCCGAACAUGAGUGACAGUAUCCAGAACCUGCUCUAUUUGGAACGCCCGCUUCCCCAGUCCCUCGCCGACCAGCUCCGUCUUGGCAACCAAUCACUCCUCCAGCUUCAUGACGACUUCGUCGAUAUCGCCAGCGAACUUCGAAUCUGGACGGUGUAUGAGACGAUCGACUCCCAGCUUUCUGGCUCUGGAGCUGGGACGAAAGGUGAAGUUGAAUUCGGCGCGCCGCUAGUUUCCAUCAAGUCCAGCCUGGUCGGCGUCAGGCAGGAAAGCGUCUUUUCGGUUGACAGCGAUCACGCAAAUUGCGCUUCAUUCGGCGUGGCGAAUCCCAGAACUAUGAAGUCCUACCUCGAGAAGCUUUCCGCAGCUGUUACCAAGGCAGAGAGGCUCUGCGACAUGUAUAUCCACACUCCUUUGCGACUCAAAGAGCAUGUCAGGGUCGAGCUCAUUGGCUUCUACGAAGAUCCUGACGCCAAUAUGGUAUCGGAUAUGCGACUAUACUCUACCAAGAUUCACCUUGACGAGUUCUUACAUAAAGGACCGGAACGCUGCCUAGGAGAAAGACUAAACAAGGUGCCGUCACGUAUGCCUUCGCAUCCGCUACCAUUGCCGCGUAGACAUGUUGGCAACGACGGGGGCAGCAGUAGCUUGGGCAUCUGGUCAAACGUGCAAAGGAUGUUUAAUAAUGGCCAGUCCGGGAGUUCGACGCACAGCCUGGAACCUUCAGCCUCGCCAGGUAUUGUCGUCACCGGUCCCUCGAGGCGCCCGUCGAUGGCCGACGGAGGGUCCAGCUCAAUGCCGGCUUCAAUAAUGAGGCGCAUCCACAACCUGACCGUCCCGGCCCUAGGAACUCCGGAUUUUAAUAUCCCGUUGGUUCGGGAGAGCAGUGAUGACACCACAAGCACAAUGUCUGAAAGUGAGGCAACUGCAAGGGGAGACGUUGCCGGCAGCGGCCAUAGGAGGAUGCACUCGGAUCCAGUAACUGUGACCAGGGAGAGUACAGCCUCGGCACGUGGGGACUCCAUUGCCGGCUUCUCGAGGCCUGUUCCAUCGUUAAGAAAGUUCAUGUGGAUACAUGUACCAUUCACAAAUCCGCUCUGGGUAAAGGACAUCUUCAACAAGCUCUCUGAGACACAUGACCAGAGUUUUGCCAGACUGUUCAACAACGAGAACUGGGUGUCGAGACACGUCCAAGGGCGGCACUCUCGGUCUCAGCCGUCCUUCGUCAAGCCCGCGUGUAGCUUCAUCUCUGCAGAUUCUACUAUGUCUCCACAACCGUCACCAAGCUAUAGUGGAAGGUCCUCGCCGCGGAAUAGUCUUAAUUACCUCUAUCUUUACCUCCCUUAUCUUCACUUCGACACGUAUGCCAACAUGAUCAGGCGCCGGGCCAUUAUCAAGAGACGCAUGAACCACGGCAGAGCCAGGCCCGUCCCGAAAGACAUUGCUGAUCUCGAGUCCUUGGAGCUGCGCGUAAUCUGGCAGUAUCUUGGCUUCGAUCCUCCCCUGAAUUGUCGAAGGACUCUGGAUCAGUUUGGAUACCCGUCGCUUCAAGACACAUACUCGCGUGAUGACGACCAGAUGCUGUACAAGCUUACGAAAAAGGAGCCGGCGCAAAGGCUGGCCAAGGGAUUACCAAAGCUAAAUGGGCGCGCGAGCACUAAUCUGUCGUUUCGUCCUCGGACACACCGCCUAUCUACUAUCAUGAGUGAGGUGAUGAAUAAAGAGGACAGCAGCAGCGAGUCAAGCUCCGGUUCAGAAUCGGAGUUGGAUGUCGCAGAGGAAGUCAAGGAUGGCAAUGUGCUCAUGGUUGACCAGCUCUGGCUAUGGGCCAUUGAUACGACGACGUUGGCGACAUUCUUCCCCAAGCGAGAGUCCUCUCCAAAAGAAGGCACGCUGUUCCAGCAGGCAGACCUUCGCAACUCGGUCUAUAAUGAGCUCAACGGUGAUCUUACUGGGAGAACCGAGAAUGCUCUUGACCUAGCCGCCUUCACUGUCCUCCACGCCGUCACAGUGCUGCUCGACAGGAGUUCUCAUCCCGACCUGGAAUUAUUCCGCAUCUUUGAGGAAGCUAUCGGCAUGUUGACGGAAAGGAUGACUUCAUCGUUGAAGCAAUUCCGCAUGCAGACCUUCAGGGAGAUUGUUGGAGAACCCGAUCUCGACGACCCCGAAGGAAACAAGCCCGCUUCCAUCAAGAAACGCUACAGGCGAGAGCUUCAGAAAGCCGAGCGGGAGAACCGCGAGAACACGUCAGCGUUGCUCGAGCUGCGCGACAUGGAAGACGAGCUGACCACUCUCUACCGCCUAUUUGAGACUCAGGAGGUCACGAUCAGGUCAAUGAAGGCGAUAUAUAUGGGCGUGGAGCUCAACGCAGUCACUCAAAACGGGCAGGCCUAUCUCGACCAGGCUCUCUCUCGGCUGGAUGAAUACAAACAGCAGACGACGGAGAUGUUAAAGCGGGUUGACACUACGAGGAAAGACUACGAGAAACUCCUAGAGAUGGCCCAGCGCCAAGCACAGGUGCAAGACAUGCGCUGGUCCCGGAUCCAGACGGAGCUCGCGUCGAGCCAGAACCUCGCGGUCAUGAUCUUCACCAUCUUCACCGUCAUCUUCCUGCCCUUGAGCUUCUUCACGGGCCUCUUCGGCAUGAACACGGUGGAGUGGGACGCGCAGCUACCGACCCUCGGCUUCAUCGGCGCCAUCUCGCUCCCGCUCUCCUUCUUCCUCAUCGCGUCGUCACUGAUCGCCGCCUUCAGCUCGCACGUGCAGGUGUGGUUCCGGGCCGGAUUCCGAGUCGUGAGCGGCGCGGCGCGCGGCACAGGGGCGUGGGCGACGGGGCUGCUUCCAUCCGGCGUGGCGGACAGGCAAGCCAGGCGGCGGAAGGAGGAGAGGGAACAGAGCGAGCUGAGGGAGCGCAAGAAGCAGGAUAGAAGCUACGACUUCUGGGCCGACGUUAGGAGGCAGAGGAACUCGGAGUACCGGAUCCCUCCUCUGAACAUGAAGACCUUAGGGGAGACCGCGGUCCCGACCAGGCCAAGCUGGCGGACUAAGUAGAGGAGGGGUCAGAAAAGGGGCUGGCUAUUACCGAUGUCCCUUUGGACAAAUUGCGUGGUGGGCUUCUUACAAUUAUCGCUAGUUGGGCGGUGUUAUUUUUCUCUGCAACGACA